GCAGGCGGGCACGCUGUCAUUGAAUACUCGACACCGCGGUUCGUCUUUAUAUUCGCUUCUCUCAUGCUGUCUGUGUUCUUGUUUGCGCUUGACCAACUCAUCAUUGCCACCGCUAUACCAAAAAUCACGAACCAGUUCCACUCGCUCACCCAAAUUUCAUGGCUUGCAAAUGGGUUCUUCUUAACCAUGCUCUCCUUCAAUCUCAUCUACGCCCAAUUGCUCACCAUCUUCCCUUCCAAACACAUGAUUCUAUUUGCUAUCGCGGUAUUUGAACUUGGUUCCCUCGUCUGCGGCGCGGCACCCAACAUGGUUGUCUUGAUCCUCGGACGUUCAAUUGCUGGCAUGGGAGGGGCAGGGGUUUUUGUCAGCUGUGUGAUCGUACUGACGGAGAUAACUACGCUCAAGCAGCGGGCAAUGUACAUGAGUCUCAUCGGAAUAUGUUUUGCGGUCGCCUCGGUACUAGGGCCGCUUGUCGGUGGUGCCUUCUCAGAUCAUGUCAGUUGGAGGUGGUGUUUCUAUAUUAACCUCCCUAUCGGAGGUAUCGCGUUUUGCCUUCUUUUCAUUCUCCUCGAGACUCGGCACCCAUAUGGCAGAGCUGAGACGUACCGAGGGUAUGGCUAUCACAUGGUGAAUCAGAUUGCGCGAUGCGAUUGGAUGGGUGUGGCGAUAACGCUUUGCUGGGGAGUUGUCUUCAUCCUCGGGCCGCAAUGGGGAGGAGUGACUAAACCAUGGAACGAUGGGAAUGUUAUUGCGUGUUUCGUCAUGAGCGUUGUACUGGUGGUAGUGUUUGUUGCCUGGGAGGCGUAUAUGGCGGACCAUGCGAUGCUGCCGUUGAAGCUUUUCAAGUAUCCAACACUGAGGGGAGCAUCGCUAGUCUCAUUCUUCGAAUGGGGUGCAUUCAUGAUUGCCGUUUAUUAUCUCUCGGUCGGCUUCCAGGCCGCAUAUAACGUGUCUGCCACAGCGGCUGGUAUUCGCCUCCUGCCCAUGAUCAUUGUCCAAGUCUUUACCCUUAUCCUCACCGGCCGGCUCAUUGCCCAUUUCGGACGUCCUUACCUUAUCAUCCUCCUUGGACCUGUCUUUAUUGCUUUAGGAUGUGGGCUUCUGUAUUCCGUCACACCUGCUGACCACAUCUCCAAACUCAUGGGAUACGAAGUCUUUGUCGGUAUCGGAGUAGGGAUGUUCCUCCAAAACACGAUCAUGAUCACGCAGUACGAAUUCCGCGAUCAGCCUCAACUGAUGUCCGCUGCUACAGGAGUCGUCGUCUUUGUAGGUUUCACUGGACGACUAUUUGGAAUCUCUGUUGCUGGAUCCGUGUUCGAGAAUAUGAUCCAGGUCAACAUUCACAAGUAUGCCCCUAACCUCCCCAGACCCCUAGUUAUCGCGGUGAUGAACGCCGCCGAUGCAGUGUGGAAGGUCGUGCCACCUCCUGAUCGACCAGCGGUCUUGCACGCAUACGUCGAUACGCUAAAUGAUGUUUUCCUUAUUGGCGUCCCUGCUGGGGUACUGGGAUUCUUCGUAGCGCUGUUUAUGCCCGUAUUGAAAAUGGACUUCAGUCAAUAUGGGGGAAAUUCGAAGAAUGGGGAUGUAGAAAAGAUUGCUGGGGCUGCUGUGCCCUCACCAAGCGAAGCUGAGGCGCGCACGUCGGGCCCUGCGACCGAGGGGGGUCAUACUUCCGAUAAGAAAGAACUGGAGCCUGAGGAGGACGUGAAAGUUUAGCCCCUUCAAUGCUGCCUUUGGUCUCUCCCUCCGUCCGUUUCCCAUCGAUUAUCUCUCUCAAAACAAACCUUCUUCAACCACCCACCUGCUUUCCGCAAAGCAAUAUGUCAUCAGGAAAUUUUUGCCUUGCAACAUCAUUGUUUUUGUUUAUGAUUUAUCCUCACGGUUUUGACGAAUCCACACCUUGCUUGUGUGCGUUAUCUUGUAUAAUAAUCAUUUACCAAGUUCCAGAUCAAACCCCGUCACGAGAGACUAAGCAGUAAUGCGUGCAUGUAGAAGUG